AAGACUAUAAAUAGUAGCUAUUUUUGCUAUUUAAUUUUUUAAUAAAUCAAGACAUCGCUCAUUUCACCUCACACAAAAAUGUUUCUUGACAUAUCAAUAUGCCUUGGCGAGGCAAUAUUGAAUAAACUUAAAGAAAGUGAUCCCAAUAAAGUGAUCGAAAUAAAUUCUAACAAUGGAUCAACGUUAACUGUUGAAAAAGCACGCAUUCAAACUAUUACCAUUGCUCGAAAUUUGAUGGGAAUCGAUGUGAACAGAGAAGAUGUUGUUGUUAUUUAUUCAAAAGCAAACGAAAAAAUUACUCCAAUAACGUUUGCUUGUCUAACAAUUGGUGCUCCUAUAUAUUUUAUUAAAACUAAUUUGGAAAAUUCUAUCAUCUGUGAAAGAAUUCAACUUUUAAAUCCAAAAAUAAUCCUAUACGAAUCUGAAUAUGCUGUGAAACUAUUUAAAGCUUUAAGAGGAGUUUGGCCUAAGAAUCUUAAACAUUUAAUUUGUAUUGAUUCUGUGAUUCUCCAUCAUAGACUUGAUGAAGAAGAAAAUUUCCAACUACCAGAUAUUGGAGAUGCAAACGAUAAUUCAGCUGUUUUGAUGAUUACCACCAAAUCAAAUGGCUCAACAAUUGUUAAAAAACGGUCCCAUGCCAAGUUAGCACGUGAAUUUUACACUUUUCGACAAAUUACCUCAGAAAGUAGAUUAUUUUUCCCAAAUCAACAUCAAUUUAUUAACCAAACUUUGGUACUUUUAAUGGUUCCUGUGUUUUUCGGUACACAACGUAUUUACAGUCUUGAUAUUGAAGUCGAAAAUGGAAGCGAAAAAAUACUGGAGAUAAUUGAUACUUUUAAAAUUUCACAUUAUUUUAAUGCUUUAACGAGUUUCGUGGAAACCCUUAAAACUGUUGAGCAAACUAAAAAUCGUCAACAAGUUUGACAUCAUUAAAAAUCAUCUAUAAUUUCUUGGAAUUUCCCACAGAGUCAAUUGAAAAAAUCUUAGCAAACAUUGCUCCUUAUUGUAAGGUAAUAAAACUUCCAUCUCACUAAAAAACAAUUUUUUUAAAAGUUUUUCUAGAAUUCUAAGGAAAUUGAGAAACAAUGUUAAUUAAUUCUCAAAUCAAAAUAAAAAUUUUUUUUUUUAGAAAAACAACGGAUAUCCUCAAAGCGUAACACCAUUUUUAAUUCUAUUUGCCACCCUCUUAGAAUACAACGGUCAAUUGGUUUCCCAGAAUCCGCAUUCCAAAUAGAAAUCAAAACAAAAUUCUUCCAUUACAUUAUACUAGGAAUUCGUAUUGACGUUUUCAAAAACGUCAGAACGAGUGUUUUAGUUAUAAAGCUUGUUGUUUUUGUAAAUUUAUUAGAAUGAGUCUGCCCCCUAUCAACCGCAACACAGGUGAUUCUCUGAAUUAAACAAUAAAAUCUCAGAAUUAUCAUGACUUGAAGUUAUGCAAGAUAUCGUCGGCUGCUGUCGUACUCCCUAUAUCCACAAGUUCCAAGUGUAUUUAUCCAUAAUGAGAUGAGAUUGCAGUUGACAUUGGCCUUGUUAAAAAGUUUGCUGUUGUCAUAGUCUCAUCUUCGAGAGUAUGGAAGAUAUCCGAUCUGUAAUUGUUUGGUAAAUAAUAAUUAUAAUAAAUUGUUUAACACGAUUUUUGUAGUUAUUAUUUUUUUU